AUGUUCGCAGUGGCUGCCUUCUAUGCACUACUAGUGGUCGUCUGCUUCCUCAUGAGCUUUGGUUUCAAGUUCUUCUCCAAUUUGCCAGUGGCUGAGCUGGACCUCGACCAAAUGACAUGGCGAGCAGGAGCAGCCCUCAUGAAAAGAGUCAUUUAG